AUGUCGGCUAACAACAAAGACGACAACAACAAGGAAGAGUAUAUAGACAUUGAUGACGAAGCUCAGGCAGAACAGCAACAACCAGCGUACGCCUGGGAAGAAGAAUAUAAGCGUAGUUGGGAUGUACUGCAGGAGGACGAAGAUGGGAGUUUGAGACGGAUUGUGGAAGAUUUGCAAAAUCGUAUGAAGAGGAAGAGACUCCUCCGCGAUACAUCCACAAUCCGACGUGGUAUAAUACGACAUAUGAUUCUUAUUUUAGACCUCUCUGAAUCAAUGCUUGAGAAAGAUCUUCGUCCAUCUCGUCUUGAAUUGACGUUAUCAUACAUGGACCAAUUCAUUGCGGAGUAUUUCGAUCAGAAUCCAAUAAGUCAAUUGGGAAUUGUUACCACGAGAGACGGAUUAUCGGAGAAAUUGACCGAGCUCUCGGGUAUGGAGUAUGCGGAGAAAGAACGAAACCCAAUGGAUCACGUUCGCGCUCUUAAAAGUAAAAAGAACACCGAACCGGAAGGCGAGCCAUCGUUGCAGAAUGCACUUGAAAUGGCGAGGACUUCAUUGAUUCAUGUCCCGGGUCACGGCUCUCGUGAAGUGCUUAUAAUAUUUGGUUCUCUUACUACCUGUGAUCCGGGUAAUAUAUACGAUACAAUAUCUCAAUUGCAAAAAGAUUCGAUACGUGUAUCGGUUGUCGGACUGGCAGCUGAGGUACAGAUCUGUAGAUACAUGGCAAAAGAGACAAAAGGAACCUACAGCGUGGUUCUAAACGAACCUCACUACAAAGACCUCUUGUUUGAUCUAAUACCACCUCCACCAAUAACGUCUUCCUCUCACAAAUCCGAGCUAGUUGUUAUGGGAUUUCCAACACGCGUCUCAUCUCUUACACCUUCAUUCUGUGCCUGUCAUCAGAAGCUGGUUCUGGGAGGUUAUAUAUGUCCAAGAUGUACGAGCAAGAUUUGUGAUUUGCCAACCGAGUGUGACGUAUGUGGGUUGAUGUUGAUUUCAAGUCCACACUUGGCAAGAUCAUAUCAUCAUUUGUUUCCUGUUGAGAAUUUCGAGGAGGUGCCAUGGAACAGCAUGGUAAGCACAGAAUGUUAUGCUUGCCAGAUUCCGUAUGAAAAGCCUCCACCAAUAUCCUCUCGUUCGGGCCAAAUACCGGCUGAUGCAUCUUCAGGACGAUACUCGUGUCCCAAAUGCUUGCAGCAUUUUUGUGUCGACUGUGAUGUUUUCAUACAUGAGACAAUAUUUACACAGUGA